ACAGUAUAUUCCAAACGCUCCACAGAGGCGGAAAAGCCUCCAAUGAAUGUUGCAGGUUACAGAUAUCAGACAGAACAAUGGUCAAGGAUAAGGCAGGGAUCCAGCAGUUGUGCGAAACGGAGACUCUAUCAUAAUUGCUGUUAAUAAUUACAGUCGUGAUAAGAGGCAGAGGUGGCAUUUAUGGAUGGAAAAGUUGUCUGGUUUCUCAGUUGGUCUUCAGGAGCUGGAGGUGGAGGCAGAGAGAGUGGGGAGUUUGGAUUUGAGACAGAUAAGGACGCGAUCAGAGCCACAUAGAGACGAGGCAGUGGUCCCCAGAGAGCAGAGGAGAGAUGAUGCGAGCAGGAGCAAGGCAGUAUGUGGUGGCCCGGCCGCUGUACUCCGAGGAGUCGUUCUCUGAGGAGCACGAGAAGGUCUACAGACACCGCAAGACCAUGCUGGACCACGUCAAGCAGUACUUCACAUGUGACGCCAAACGGGCAAAGAAUGCAGCUCUCUCCCUUCUGCCUGUCAUUGGAUGGUUGAGGAUCUACAGACUCAAAGAGUGGCUGCUGAGCGACAUCGUGUCCGGUGUCAGCACUGGACUGGUCGCUGUCCUGCAAGGUCUGGCUUACUGCCUGCUGGCCUCUCUUCCCCCCUGGUACGGACUCUUCUCUGCCUUCUUCCCCGUCAUCAUCUACUUCUUCCUGGGAACCUCCAGACACAUCUCAGUGGGUCCGUUCCCGGUCUUGUGUCUGAUGAUCGGCUCAGCGGUCACCAGGUUGGUCCCUGAUGAGGGUCCACCUGCCAACAUUACCGGGUUUGAGGGCCUGAGCAGAGACGAGCAGAGAGUGUUGGUGGCUUCCUCAAUCACCUUCCUGGUCGGUUGCAUGCAGCUGGCGAUGGGUGUCCUUCAGGUGGGCUUUGUAGUCAUGUACCUGUCCGACACUCUGAUCUCUGGCUUCACCACAGCAGCUGCCGUCCACAUCCUGAUAUCGCAGCUCAAGUUUGUGUUGGGGCUGCAUGUCCCGGGCAUCAGUGGACCACUGUCUCUCAUUUAUACUCUGGAGAUCAUUUUUAACAAGAUCUCCUCCACCAAUGUGUGCGACGUGGUGAUCUCUUUGGUGAUCAUGGUGGUGGUGUUCAUCGUGAAGGAGCUGAACGACAGAUACAAGUCCAAGCUGCCCGUUCCCAUCCCCAUAGAAGUCAUCAUGACGGUCAUCGUAUGUGGAGUUUCUUACGCAUUCAACUUCAAGGAUCGAUUCGGCGUUGAUGUUGUCGGACAUAUUCCAAAAGGGUACGAGACUCCGAUUGCCCCGGACCUUCAGAUCUUCGAGGGAACAGCAGUGGAAGCUUUCCCCAUGGCCAUCGUGGGAUUUGCCGUCGCCUUCUCUGUGGCUAAAGUCUACUCUGUGAAACAUGACUACAUCAUAGAUGGAAACCAGGAGCUGAUAGCUUUUGGAGUCAGCAAUAUCUUUGGAGCCUCCUUCAAGUCGUUUGCAGCGAGUACAGCUCUGUCCAGGAGCGCAGUUCAGGAGAGCACAGGAGGAAAAACACAGAUUGCCGGUUUACUGUCAGCCAUCGUUGUGAUGAUCGUCACUCUGGCCAUUGGAUUCUUACUGCAGCCACUCCCAAAGUCUGUGCUGGGCGCUGUGAUCAUUGUCAACCUGAAGGGCAUGCUGAUGCAGGUCAGAGACGUCCCGUACCUGUGGAGGAAAGACAAACCGGACUGUGUGGUGUGGAUUACUACCUGCGUCGCUUCCAUCUUACUGGGGUUAGAUAUCGGACUGGCUGCAGGCCUCGGUGUGGAGCUGAUCAGUGUCGUCCUCAGGGUUCAGUUCCCUCGCUGCAGUGUGCUGGCCAACAUCCAAGGAACUGAUAUCUACAAAGACAGAAAGGACUACAUCAAUAUAUACGAGCCUGAGGGAGUGAAGAUCUUCAGGAUACCAUCACCGAUCUUUUUUGCAAACAUCGAGUUCUUUAAGAGUAAGCUGGUGGAAGCUGUUGGAUUUAACCCUUUAAGAGUGCUGAGGAAGAGGAACAAAGCGCUGAGGAAGAUCCGGAAACUUCUACAGAAGGGAGACCUGCAGUGGACAUCAAAAGGGCUCUUGAACACCUCAUGUGGACCCCUCAAUGAGUCAGAGGAUGAGAGUAACGUAGAGGAGCUGGACCUGCCCACAGACUUUAAGGACCUUCCUGCACGGAUUGACUGGAACGCCCGGCUUCCCGCCAACAUCAUCGUCCCCACAGUGGACGUCCACAGUCUGAUUCUGGACUUCGCUGCCGUCUCCUUCAUCGACAUCUCAGCCCUAAAAGGGCUCAAAAUGAUGCUGACAGAGCUGAUCCGGGUUGAAGUUGAGGUCUACAUUGUGGCUUGUGACACUUACAUUCUGGAAAAACUGCACAACUGUUGCUUUUUUGAUGAUGAAGUUCAGCCGUCGAUGUUUUUCCUGACGCUUCACGACGCCAUGCUGCACAUUCUAGAAAAACAUCCCGAGUCCACGGAAAAGAAAUCCGACUUUGACAGGAUUAUAACAACAGUCACAGUGCACCACCCUGAAGGCAGUUUGAGAAGCAGAGAUAGAAAUGCUCUGGAUCCAGAAACCAGGUUCUGACAUCGGAUUUGAGAGAUUUCUGUAUGAAAACACAAAAAAGACCAAAGAAAAAAGAGUAAAUAGUUUACUGAUCAUGCUGUAAGAGACUCUGAUGUAAUGAAUGACAUGAUGCUCUGUUUGACUUUUGACCAUCUGAGUUUACAUAUUCACUUUUUACUCUAAUGUAAGAAGACAAAUUCAUGUUUUUAUACUGUAUAUAGCGAGUUUGUAGAAAUGUUAGGUGCAAUAUAUUUUACAGUUUUGUAUCAUAUUUUCAUGACAAUAAAUAAGUGCACUUUGAGACACUGCUCCUGAGGUGAGGUGUCAACGCAAUGUCAAAAAGACUGAAUGUGCAUGUGCUGAAAUAUUGUAAUAAAUAUUUUAUCACUCUAAAUGAU